CUCUCGGGUUCAAAUACCUCAUUCAUAUGACCCAUAAGUAUCUAGGCUAGCGAGUGAAAUUUUAGCUUAGUCAGAGAAAUUCAUCCAUACAAAUCUAUGAUUUUAUUAUUCUCUUUAUCCAAAUCUGUGCGUUUUAUCCUGCUUAACCACUUGAGUAAGUCACCCUCGCAACCCAUCCUUUAAGGAGCUAAUUCAAUCGUCCAAUCUCAUAUAAGAAGUAUCCUCCAUCUUCAAUUAAUACGAAAUUUCAAUACUUUUUCAUCAAAUUUCUCUAGGGAUAGUUUGGACGAGGGUUAUGUUUGAGGGAUUUUAAUACAAUCCCUCUCAAUAAGAUAUUUUAAUAAAAUCACUCGUUUGGAAAAGAUAUAAAAGAUGAGAGAUUUUAAUAAUUAGAUAUUUCAAAAACUCUUAAACGCAGGUUUUUUAAAUAGCUGAUGGCCAUCAGCUAUUCUGAAAUCUCUCGACUUAUUUUUUAUUUUCCAACCUUGACCCUUUCCUUCUUCCUUAGAUAUGCAACUUGCCAGCCCCAUUCAACACCAACCCGUCGUCGUCCGUCACCCCAGACCUGCUUCGAUCGACGCCGUCGCCCAAGAUGUCACCGAUUCCGUCAUCAUCCAUAACAAUAUUUCAUUCCAAAAAAACCCACCCCUUAAUUGCAGUUUGUGAACCCCAAAAGCCCAUUAGGCUUCCCCUGUCUGCUCUUCUCACAAAAACAAGCCGAUGAUGACGGCAAGAUUGCAGGUGGUCUGCUCGGGUUGUUAAGAUUUCGACGACACCUUCUUCUUCCCAAACCCAACGAAGAUUGGGCACUUUUUGGGCUGGCGAUUUUUGGCAAAUCAAGUUGAUUUCCAGUGACGCUCUCUUCUUUCCAAAGCCAGCGACGAAUGAUUGUUCUUUGGGAUGGGUUAUUUCCGGGUUCAAUCUCCGGAUUUCUUGACUACUUAUGAAGAGACGAAGAAGAACAUGAAGGCGACGUAUUUCCUGCGAUGACUGCAGGUCCACAAGGAGCACAAUUCUGGGUUCGUUUGCUAAAACAACGAAGAAGACGAAGAAGAUGGUGAAUAAAAGAGGGCAAAACAGAAAUUUGACUCUUCUCGUUAAAAUCCCCUAUCUCAUUCCAAACGAGUCAUUUGUUACAAAUCCUUAAUAUAAAUUCCCUGGAUUUUUAAACAAGGGAUUUUAAUCCAAAUCACUCACAAAUCUCUCGUAUUAAAAUUCUGCAUCCAAAUGACCCCCUAGUUUUUUCUUCUUCCAAUGAUUCAGUCCAUCUAAUACCUAUUUACCCAUUCAGGGGCAACAAACAUCAAAUCUCCCAUCGUGAUUUUCGUUUUCGUUUGUUUUGACCAGAAUGGCUAGUGACACAAUGAACUUUUGGUGGAUACCAAAAAUUGUACUAUCAUUGCCCAUUGUCUUCUUCUGUUCAUCAUCUUCCUAGUCAGCUACUCAUCCUCCUCCACUUUGAAUUCCUACCUUCUGGACAAAUACCAACAUGGGUCUUAUAUACUCUUAAACAGUGGAAUCCAUAGACAAAUUUCAUCUAUCAAUUGCCCUGGUCCUGGGAUGCAUUGCAUGUGGUUGUGUUUAAUAUAUAUCGGUCCACUAUCUCUCCAUAACCUGGCUAUAGACUUCUCGACCAGUGAAGGCGUUUUGGAAGAUUGCCAUUUGUAACCACGUUGGCAUAUCCUUUUCAACAAUGGAAAGUAAGAAUGGAAUCCGAAGUUCAUCAUCCACUCCUUAUAAUUAUGUUUCCAACUUCCAGAGAGUUGUUUGCUCUCGUCAAGUAAAGAGGAGGACAAUGGAGCACUUCUACAAUAUUAUAUAGUAUUGGUGCUUUAAUGUAUAACUUAAAGUUGUACCAUCACAUAAAGGUACAAGUUCAAGUUGUACCAUUUAAAAGAAUUUCUACAAAAAGUAUAAGUACAAUAUGAAAUUGUACCAUAACGUAAAUGUAUAAUUAAGUUGUAUCAUAAAGACAAAAUUCUAUAGCAUCAAUACUAUAUAGCAUUGUAAAAUUUCUCACAAACAAUAUACAUGAAAUCACUAUAAUUGCCAUAAUCAACAUGCCAUUAUGAUUCAAUGUCCACUAGGUAUGCACCGCGUUCGUUCUGAUCGGUUCAAUUUAUUAAAAGAAUGCGAUCCAGAUUGAGAUAACUUGCAGUGCAUUCUGAAGAGGCGUAUGUGGAGAAACACAUGCUCUGAAAAACUGUAUAUGGAGUUUGUUGAGAUGAGAUGAGGCUUGAACUCACAACUCUGAUUUUGCGAGUCAAAGUUUCAUAAGGAAGUCACAAUUUGUCGUGUAAAUAAGUUGUGCAUCUAAAAUACACUUUCAUAGUCAUAACUAUUCGCGUCAUGACAAUAAUAGACACUUUUUGAAAAAUACACAAAUAUAACCACUUUUUCAAACUUACUUGGCAAUUUUAGUCAUUUCCGUUAUAAACUUUAACGUCGACACUAACCUCUACCUGCCGCUGAGGUGGACUGACACCACCUGGAUGACACAUCAUAUUAUAAAAUAAUUUUUAACAACAAAUAAUUAAUUUUACUAAAAAAAUCAAAAGAAAAAUUUUUGGAAAGAAAGAAAUCGUUUUAAUUUUAUUUUAUUUCUCUCUCUCUCUCUCUCUCUCUCUCUCUCUCUAUUAUCUGCUGGCUUGCCCUUACACAACAACCGUUGACCUUCUCCGCCCACUGAAGAAGUCAUCGCUUCCUCCAGCCUUCCUCUCUCGAUCAUCGUCUUCCUCCGCCACCGCUCUUUUGCUCCGAUCAACUUCACCGACGAAAAACAUCCUUCAAUCAGUCUGAUAUCUUUCCACUACUUCUUCUUCACUAAGAUUCGUUCGAAUCUCCCGACGAUUAGCUUCUCGAUCUGGAAUUUUUAUCGCUCAAUUUUCUCCGAACCCUAAGUCUUCCUAACAACGACUAUGGAUGAGCGAUGGCUGUCAAUCUAUUUAUGGUACUCGCCUUGCACUCACCCAACCCUCAAUAUCUCUCUUCUUCAAUGUUAAGGAGAGGGGCUUCAGACAGAUCUGGAGAUCUCGUCGGAGAUGAGGAUUCUGGAGAUUCAAUGGACUAGGCGGCCAACAUAUAUAGGUAUCCUCUGCCACUGCCGUUGAAUCCAUCAUCGUUGGAUUCAGAUAUCACCCCAAUCGGCGUCUCCUCGUGCGAAGGAAGGUGAACAAGGUGAGAGGAGGUAGAUGUUCGAAAUUUGGUUGGUGGAGGAGCUUGCCGGAGAUGGAGGAGCGUGCAACAAAUUGGGGAUUUCUUCCCCUAAAUCAUCUGAAAUUAGGGUUCGCCGGGCUCGCGUCGCAAUUCUGGGUUGGACGAUUCCUAUGUACAAACUUCACCAAAGAUGGAGGAGCUGUACGGGGAGACGUCGUUCACUGGCUCGACGGAAGGGUGGGUCGGGGUGUGGUCUUCGAUCGAUUGACUUCGUCGAUCUGGAGUAAUGGGGGAGCUGUUUCACUGAGAGAAGAAGGAGAGAAGAGAAAGGGUAGAAUUCGUGUGAAAUGGUCAACAGGGUCGAUUAAUUGGUAAAGUUAGUUUUAGGGUUUAAACUUUUUUUUAAGUAAUGAAAUAAGAAACACUUUCCACCUGUCCUGCCACGUAGAUGAACCACGACCACAUUACAAACAUCCAUUAGUCCAGUCACCAGUCGUGAGAUUCCCGUUAAAGUUUUGGACGGAAUGACUAUACAAUUGUAUUUUUCAAAAUUUGGCUAUAUUUGUCACAACGCUAAUAAUUAUGGAUAUGAAAGUGUAUUUUGCCUUUAUUUUAUAUGAUAGGUUUAAUUCUCGAAUUCAUAAUUAUAUAUUAUAUGAAGAUAGAGAAGAAGAUUAAAUUAAAUUGUUGAGGUAUUUAGGGUAAUAAUGUUGGCAUAAAAGUAUCUAGGGUAUGACGUAUGAGUGCAUUCAUCCAUCAAACAACUUACUUUUUUCCCCAUUUGUCCAUUCACCUACACGUGGAGAAGAGGCAAAAACGCUAAACUGGACUUUCUCAACCAAUUAAUCCUUAUUUUGGUCAUAGAUAGAGGUAAAAAAUAGAUAGUCAAAGUACAACACACAACCAAACGCGACAAUCGAUAAAUAGUCGAAUUGUCAAUGAAGAGCAUGUUUAGUUACUAAAUUGGCAACCCUGUUAUACCUGUGCAGGGUAUAUGUACAAGAAAAAAAAUGCUAAAACUAUCACUCGAACUUCUUCCAGAAUUGCUCCACCUGCCCCAUGAGCCACCUCCAUCUCCAUCUCCAUCUCCAUUUCCAUCUCCAUCUCCAUCGCUCAUCGAGCCAAUGAUUGGCAGUCAACACAAAAAUUUACCACAAAAAAGUAAUGCAGUAAACACCAAUUAGUUGCAUCUCGAAACACUAAUAAUUCCAUCUUAAAUUAUAUAUCAAUGUUCCACGAUCUUCCAUCGAAAAAUCAAUGUUCCGCUCGCUAAACUGAAAUGACAAUAAAAUUUGAACAAAAUAAGAUCACAAAAAGCAUUUCCUUAUGAAAACAAACCAUAUUUCCACUAAAAAAUGUCUGGUUACGGUUUAAAACUUAAAAAAAAAAAUAUAUAUAAAUUAACCCUUUGAUUCAAGUAUUAUUUUAUAUUAAAACUUUAUUCUAGUCAUCUAAUUAAAUAAAUUAAUUUUAAGCUCUAUAAUUCUUUUUGGUAUACUUUAAAUGGCAAAAUUAGCUAGUAAGCUACAAUAUUUAAUUGAUCAAUAAAAAAUUAGAGGUCUAUCAAACCAAAAAACUCUCUCCUCUCAACGGAUGACCGCUUUUGCCAUAAUGUCAGCUACGCCAUUCGCUUCUCUAGGUAUAUGUCGUCAUAUACCAUUCCCCUGUCGAAGACUCCGCCAAAUGCUUCGACAUUUUUUACACCUAAAAUAAUCUAGACUAAAUUAAAUGCCGCAUGGAUGAGUCUCGACAUUUAAUUCGAUGCCGCAUGACAAAAAAUGGUGUCGUUUGGAGUCGAGCGGCAUCGCGGAGAGUUAAAACGACACCGCAAGGAAGCUCAACAACAACUCGGUACUUAAAACGAAAAACAAUGUCGGAUUCACUCGGCCUUUUGGUGUUGUUAUUGGAAAAGGAAUGUUUUUUGUUUAUUCCUUGUCGGAAGAGGAGGGAUACGACACCGCCUAGAAGCUCGACGGUACCGCGAUGUUGAGAAUUCGGUGAAAACAAUAUCGCGAGCCAAGGCUACGAAUUUAUUGCGGUUCGCGAUGCUGCUGUUGGAGUUGGAAAAGGGAGCGUUUUUAUUUUUUUUUCUUGUCGGAUGAGGGAUAAAACCAAUGUUGUCAGAACCAAACCGGAGCAUGACUCGAUAAUGCGAACGACUCGCACUUUAGUGGUCCAACUGGCAAUAGACCGUUUAAAAAUCG